UUAUAACAAAUAUAAAGAAAAUUUUAAGAAAAAGUGUAAAACAUAAUUUUAAAAAAUUAAGAAAAAUUAUUUAUGAAAUUUUAAAAAAUUUUAAAAGAAAAAAUUUUACUUUGUUUUUGAAAAAAGGCCAAUGACCUAACUGAGGAGAAAUGGCCAAAACCAAUUGGAUUAAAGUAAGGCUAAAUUAAACACACACACCAGCAAACAAAAAUUUACAAAUAAGUUUAAACAGCUAAAGGAUAUUGCACUAGAAGGAGCUAAAACCAAAAAAACAAAUUUUGAAUGGCAAAAUAUAGCUAAAGGGCGUUAAAAAUGAACGUGUAGGAAAAAGUUAAUUACACAAUUUGUUAAAAAAAAACAAACAAAAUACAAAAUUUAAAAAAAAAAUCCCAACAAAAUGUUAAAAUUUUUAAAAUAAAAGUGUGGCAAGUGAAAAUUAUACAACAAAAUACAAAUAAAAGAAAAUCUUUACAACCUCCUCCCCCCCCAAAAAAAAACACAUUCACUCGACCCUCAACAAACCCCUAAUUCCCCCCCUCCUAAAACAAACUAUCUUCCCUACACUCUAACCCCCCCUUCUACACUCUUCUAUUACUUCUUCUAUUUGUGGAUAUAAUUUGGCGGGUUUAUCAGCCCCGCUAACAAAAGCCAUCAAAAUUAAGUUCUCAAAGCAAAAUCAUCAUCAUCCGGCAUACCGUCACGCUGAGAACAUCUACGACGGUGGCACUGAUACCGACGACGACGAAUGUCCUUUAGAAUCGUCCACCAUGAAUCCCUAUGAAUAUGAAACAACGCUCGAUUGUCGUGAUGAUACUAGGGCAGUGGGUGGCGGUGGUGGUGGUGGUGUUGUACCAUUAGUAGUGGGUUCAAUGACACCUAGACAUCCACAUAGCAAUGUAACACAACAAAAUACACUACAUCAUCAGAAUCAACAAAAUUUACAAUUACAACAGCAACAACAGCAGCAACAAAUGCAAGGCGGCGAUUCACAGUCUUCAUAUUAUGAUUAUGAAUAUCAACAUUUACCACAUCGUGGCAAUGAAUCACAACAAUCACAGAAUCCUCCAUCAUCGACAUCAACAGCAGCCCGCACACAUGGUAGACAAGGUAUGUUGAACAAAAAUCUCUUAAAAAUUGGUAAGAAAUUUUACAAAUAUUGGAAGAAAAUCCGGUUUAUAAGGCAAAUACAACUUGGGAACAGUUUUAUCUUAAACUGUUGUCACUUAAAAUUGCUUGUUAUUACAUAGAAAACUUUGACUUUAUGAUUUUAUAGAUAUAAUUUUACAAAAUUUUCAUUAUUUCCUUAAAAACACAACUGGGAACAGUUGGAAUGAAAACUGUUCCCACUUGAAAUCGGACCCAAAUGUUAAUAAUUUUGAAGUAGAUUAGCAACAGAUAAAAAUUUCCAAGUUUUUUCUUCAUUUUCUAGUAAAAAUCCACUGGGAAGAGUUUGAACCCAACUGUUCCCACUUUAAAUUAGGGAAUUGUUAAGAAAAAGCGUUACUCUCUAUCAUUUCCCUUAUUUGGUUUUUUAAUAUUUUCAUUAAUUCCUUGAAAUUUUAACUGGGAACAGUUGAAAUGAAAACUGUUCCCACUUAAAAUUGUAACAAAAUGUUACUAAUUUUGAAGUAAUUAGCAACAAAUAAAAAUUCCCAAGUUUUUUCUUAAUUUUUUUAUAAAAAGCCACUGGGAAGAGUUUGAAAACCGAACUGUUCCCACUUCAAAUUUGGAAAUUGUUAAGAAAAAACGUCACUCUAUCAUUUCCCGUAUUUAGUUUUUUAAUAUUUUCAUUAAUUCCUUGAAAUUCCAACUGGGAACAGUUGAAUAGAAAACUGUUCCCACUUAAAAUUGUAACAAAAUGUUACAAGUUUUGAAGUAGAUUAGCAACACAUAAAAAUUCUGUAAUUUUUUCUUAAUUUCUUGUAAAAAGCCACUGGGAAGAGUUUGAAACCCAACUGUUCCCACUUCAAAUUUUGAAAUUGAAAAGAGAACGUUGCUCUAUCAUCACCCGUAUUAGUUUUUUAAUAUUUCUACUAUUUCCUAGAAAUUCUAACUGGGAACAGUUUAAAUGAAAACUGUUCCCACUUAAAAUUGGAACCAAAUGUUAAUAAUUUUAAAGUAGAUUAGCAACACAUAAAAAUUCCCAAGUUUUUUCUUAAUUUUCUUGUAAAAAGCCACUGAGAAGAGUUUGAAACCCAACUGUUCCCACUUCAAAUUUGGGGAAUUGUUAAGAAAGAAUGUUACUUUAUCAUUUCCCGUAUUUAGUUUUUUAAUAUUUCUAUUAUUUCCUAGAAUUUCCAACUGGGAACAGUUGAAAUGAAAACUGUUCCCACUUGAAAUUUCACCCAAAUGUUACUAAUUUUGAAGUAGAUUAGCAACACAUAAAAAUUCUGUAAUUAUUUCUUAAUUUUCUUGUAAAAAGCCACUGGGUAGAGUUUGAAACCCAACUGUUCCCACUUCAAAUUUUGGCAUUUUUUAAAUAAAACGUUUUCCUAUCAUCUUCCGUAUUCAGAUUUUUAAUAUUUCUAAUAUUUCCUAGAAAUUCCAACUGGGAACAGUUGAAAUAUAAACUGUUCCCACUUGAAAUUGCACCCAAAAGUUAAUAAUUUUUAAGUAGAUUAGCAACAGAUAAAAAUUCCCUAGAUUUUUCUCAAUUUUCUAGUAAAAAGACACUGGGAAGAGUUUGAAACCCAACUGUUCCCACUUCAAAUUUUGGCAAUUUUUAAAUAUAUCGUUUUUCUAUCAUCUCCCGUAUUUAGUUUUUUAAUAUUUCUUAUAUUUCCUAGAAAUUCUAACUGGGAACAGUUAAAAUAUAAACUGUUCCCACUUGAAAUUUAGUUAAAAUUUCAGAAAUUUUAAAAUGACAUAGUAUCACAUUAACAUUUAGUAGUUUUUGCUUUAAUUAAAUGCAAAAAGCCACUAGGAACAGUUUUAUAUCCAACUGUUCCCACUUUUAAGCCUUUCUCAUAUAAUUCAAGCUGGGAAGAGUUUAAAUACAAACUGUUUACACUUGAAUUUUUGUUUGCCAAGUUUCAAAAUUAUCUAAAAUUGAAUUUGAAAUUGUUCCCACUUAGACUUUUUAAAUUAUUCAAGAUUUUAAAGCUUUUUUUUUCUU